CUUCCAUCUUAACUACAUAAUCAAACAGUUCUUCCUCUUUCUUAAAACGCCUUUAAGGGGUACACGAGGCAAAAGUUGGCUGUUACUAUUUUGUAAAACAUUUCCAAGUUAAUCCAUUAAGCACGUGCUAUUAAACAUGGACAAGCCAGUCGUAUUAGCCAGAGUAAUUAAAGUAUUGGGUCGUACUGGUUCACAAGGACAGUGUACCCAAGUAAAAGUUGAAUUUCUGGGUGAACAAAACAGACAAAUCAUCAGAAAUGUGAAAGGACCGGUACGAGAAGGUGAUCUCCUAACCUUAUUGGAAUCGGAGAGAGAAGCUAGAAGACUACGAUGAAGAAUUUAAUCUUUAUAUUAAAUGUAAUAUAAAAGGAUUACCAAAUAUGAAAUCACAUCAUUCCAAUACUCCUCUUUUGAAGUGGAUUAUCAAUCUAACUGUCACUGGAAGAAAUCUAAUUGUAAUAACUACUGGAAAGUAAUAGAUCAAUGAGAUGGAUGGAUUGAUCUAACUUUAUGUUCAACUACAUUCACACUAUGAAUUCUGUAAUAAAUCUUAUCUGGUAAUCAUCAA